UCUCUCUCUCUCAGUAGCCUUUAGACAGUGGCGCCUUUGAGACGCAGAGCAGAGCAGAGCUCCGUGGCACGGCCCCUGAUCGAGAGCCCCCUCCUCUUUUCCCGUCGCCACAAUUCCCGAGGGAGGGGUUGCUGGGCAAAUUCACAAAAUGGCUACGGGGGAGAGCGUGGAAGGUGACACACUGAUCGCAAAGGCCGGAGGAAACGGUAAAUCUCGCAGAGGAAAGCUCAACAGUCAAAAAAACAAUUCCCCCUCUGUAGGCAAAGGAGAAAGAGUGGACGGGGUAGGGGUAGCUGGAGUCGGGGCUUCAGCUGGGAGAGCAAGAGGCGGCGAAGGUGGGGGAGGAGCCACAAACAAAAGCAAACGCCCUCAAUACUGCACCAUCUGCAAGAAUCACAACCAGCACGUUCUGAAAAAGAGACACAAGUGUCCGUACAGUGACUGUCAGUGCCCUUUGUGCCAACUAUCAAGACGCGUCCAGUGCAUCAUGUGCCAUCAACAGAGGCUCUGGAGGUUCAGGAAGAGCAUGGAAAAAAAUGGGUCGUCCCACGGAGGAAGCGAAGUCUCCACCACUCCGAACUCGUCCUCUGCUUCUCCCACCUCCCCAGUUUCUUCGUCCUCCUCUACUUUCGCCAGCGAAAGAGAUUGCCAGCUGCAAGAAUCGGCUUUAGAUGAUCCUCUAGGCGGCUCCGAACUCACAAACGGAAAAGAAAGAUUAAAAGGUGAACGUUCAGGUAAACAACAGGUGUGCGACAAAUGCAGGAAUCACGACGUUUGGGUUCUGAAAAGAGGACACAAGGGUAAGUGUCCUUACGAGAAUUGCACAUGUCAGUACUGUUCCUUUACCAUCAAGAGACGAGACCUGAUGAAACACCAACAAAGAGUAAGGAGGGCACAAGUGACAACUUUACCAACCACGGGAACCCAGGACUACGUUUUGCAGCCAGUGGAGAACUCAGCAGGUGCCAAGACCACCAACCUGCCUUCUCCAGAUGAGAUGUCCACGAGCUCUCCUGAUGGAAACUGUGGCAUUAACGACCAGGAACCACAUAACACUAAUCACAAUGCAUCUGUAGAAAGCCAGGUAACCUGGCCUAAUCGUUCAAGUGAUAAACCUGAAGACCUUAGAGUUUCGCCAAAAAUGUCCCAUCAGACAAGCAGAGGAUCACCCCCUGGCCAGCAAUCAAGUGGAGAUCCCACGUCCUUGCAGUCAAGCACUGACUCAACAUUAGCUCAGCAUCCACAGACUGGUUCCAUGCCACUGCAACAGGCAAACGCUGACACCAUGCCUUUCCAGCAGUCAAGCCCAAAUACCGCCUCAUUCCAGCAAGAAAGCAGGGAAUCCACACCAUUCCAACACAACCGAGAUAUGGCAAUUUCUUAUCAGCAGCAAAGUAGGGAUACUAUAACAUUUAAUCUACAGAGCAGGGAUUCAGCGUCACUACAACACUCGGCCACAGACCACACAUCAUUUCAACAACCAAUUAGAGAUUCAAUACCAUUCCAUCAGCCAAGCAGGCAAACUUCACAGUUUCAACAACCAAUGGGAGAUUCGUCAUUAUUUCAGCAAUCAAACAGGGAAUCUAUACCACUGCAGCAACAUAACAGGGAUUCAAAACCAUUCCAGCAACUGAAUGGAGAAUCCAUGCCAUUUCAGAUGCCAAAUAGAGAAUGUACACCUUUUCAGCAACCGAGCAGGGAGCCUACACCUUUUCAGCAAACAACCAGAAAUAUUGCUUCCUAUCAGCAAACAAGUAGAAGUAUGGCUUCAUUUCAACAGUCAAACAGAGAGCAUAUAGCAUUCCACCAUGAGAACAGUGACUCCACAAUUCCCUUCCAACAAUCAAAUAGAGACACUGUGCCAUUUCAAAAGCAAAGAAGAAAUUUUCCAUCAUUACAAGAGUUAAGCAAAGAUUCAAUGGUAUUUCCACACCCAUAUAGAGAUACAGAAACCCCUUUUCAGCAACAAAAUAGACAUUCCACGACAUUCCAACAAGGUAGUCCAGUGAACCCUGCUUCAACUUACACAUCAAUGGUAGCUGAAGAUGCAAUCCCGUCUCCUUUAAAACGUAUGAAAACAGAGCCUUCCUUAGAACAUGAUAUAGUUUAUGACUGUAGUGGAAUCCAGAAUAAUCUUGAAAACUACCAGCCACUUGACACUAAUGGGAACCUAACACCACCAAGAGAAUUUUUACCAAUUUCACAAGACAUUGCCUCACUGAGAAGCUAUAACAACAUUCCAAGGUCCCACCUCCAACCAAAAUUUGGAGUACAGCCUGAGGAUAUGCUGCUGAGACACUGGCCUACAAACGCCAUAGACGCUGAUAAUAACCAAUCACAAAAUGGAAGGAACAUGAGAGAAGCAUCAGUUUGUAGCCCAUUAACUCACAACCCACAGCAAUUGAAUUUACUGCAAAACCAAAUGCAAAUGCAGUCACAAAUACAUCCACAACCUCCUCACCAGCAUUUAAUUGGGGAUACAGCCGAAGUAGAUUAUAAACCUCAUGUCUCUACUGUUGGAAACUGGGGCACCUCAAAUGUUCAUAUGUCUACUCUCAGUGCACCUAGAUUACCUACCAAUAUUGCUCAGACACAGUGUAGCGCCAUGCACUUGAAUGCUUGUGAGGAGUUUGUCUCCCCAUCAGCAGUUCAAAGUCACGGUUCGUGGUGGCAUCAAGUUCGGAUGGCUGGAAUUGAAAGAACCAAUAGCUGUUAGUAAGCCAUACUAAAAUCCUUCAAACUUUGAAUUUCAAGCUGAAAAUCAACGUUAUUCCAGCAACUUUAACUUGCGUCUCUGCACAGUAGACUCAGUACUUAAAGAUCCAAACUCAUUCUAUGUGUACGUUCAAUAUUAUUGGUAAAAUGAUGAUCUCACUUCAUAGCCACUUGGAUGACAAAUAGCUCAAUGAAAUGGCAACAUUUAAAACUUAACUGCUUGACAGUCCUGUUAACAAAUAAAAUUGUAUAUGUG